AGAGAGAGAGAGAGAGAGAGAGAGAGAGAGAGAGAUAUGGCAUUUUCCAAGGGCAGUGGUUUUGUUUCGGUGUUGGUGUUGGCAGCGUUGGUUUCGGUGGGGGUUGUGACGGGUCAGAACGCGCCAUCAUGCGCGGCGAAGCUUGUACCAUGCGCUCAGUACCUGAACUCGACCAAGCCCUCCGAAACGUGCUGCACCUCGAUACGAGACGCCGUCCAAAACGACCUUGAGUGCCUCUGCAACCUCUUCAAUAGCCCCGAUGUCUUCAAAUCCCUCAACAUCAACAUCACGCAAGCACUUGAACUCCCCAAGCACUGCGGCGUCACCACCGAUGUCAACCUUUGCAAAGCCCCUGCUCCCACCGCCGGUGGACCUCCAGGUACUCCAGGCAGCGACAAUGGCGCUAAUGGCAUGGCAUGGAUUGGAAUGUCCGGUUUGGCUGGUUUGCUUUUCCUUUGGACAUCUAUAAUGAUGUAGAAGGUGCUUGUUAGCUACGCUAGCCCUUGGCUAUUCCCUCCUAUUUUAGAUGACGUUGAAUUAUCUUCACUCCGGGGAUUUGAUGGCCAAAAUGUCAGAUGUGAAGAUUAUGUUAUGUUUGUGUUUUCUCUUUUUUUUUUUUUUUUUUUUUUUCAAUUGAAUUCAUUUGGAUAGUGAUAUAGGGAUGAUUUUGUUACUUUUGCUCUAUUAUUAAAAUUUUAGCACCCUUAUUUA